UUCCAGAGGGGGGCCUUAUUUUGUGCGUUUCCGGGCUCUCUGGUCGAGUGGCUCUAGUUCGGAAGUCCUUUCCAGGCUCUCUAGCAUUUUCCUCGCUACAUUUAAAAUCAUGGCUCCUCCUCCGCUCCCGUAAUCACACCUCGACCCAGCAGACCGGCUCGGGGCGCACGGGGCGGAGGUGGCCGCUGGCGCCUAGCGAGCCGCGCCCCGCAGCGCUCCUCGCCCGGGCCAGCGGCGGGGGCGGGAAAGUAGCGGCGGAGUUCCCUGCGCUGCCGGCCCCGGCUUUCCUCGGAAGCUUUCGCAGAGUCUGCGGCAGGGAGCCCAGCCCGAGGCGGCGGCGUGUGGCUGCAGCGCCGGCGAGUCCCACGAGCCGCCCGCAGCGCAGCACGAAGUUUCCCGCGAGCCGCUCCGGGUGGCUGAGGUCCGCCGAGCCGGGUGGCCCAGCCCAGAAGGAGGAGUGGGUGGGUCUUUUGGGGCUCCUGGCGACCCCCGCGGCCGACGCUGCGAGUGUCAAGCGAACUUUAGAAAGCUGCUGCCGAGGAACCUGCGCCGGGAUCUCCACGGUUGGAGACCCGGGAGCGGGCGGGUCCGGCCUGCGGGAAAUGCUGGGAGAUCCAGUCGGCUGGUGACGGGCAACCUUCCGGCGAGCCUUGGCCGCGGGUCACUGCGCCCUGCCUCCUCUUUUAUUCUCCCGAGCUCAGCCGACGUUGGCGCCCUGCUCUGCUGGAGAGCUAGGCGCGCUCUCCGCCCGGCAGUGAGUGAAUUGAAUCCCUCCCCCUUCCCCCCGCCACGAGAGUGUCGCUCUCGCCCGUCCACCGCCUCAUUUCCCCGGAGGUGACCGCCCGCCGCCCGCCGCCCGCCGCCCGUCGCACCCCGCUCUCGGGGCGCCUAGCCCGGGGCGCCGACGGCUGCGUUUUGGCCGAGAACUGGUUCUUGGAUGCUGAAGGCUGGGCUUGUCCAGCGUGGGUGCAGAGGCGGCAAUGAGUGUCUUCAAAGUGUGGCUCGGGGUGGCCCUAGCAUUGGCGGAAUUUGCAGUAUUGCCUCAUCAUUCUGAAGGUGCUUGUGUCUAUCAGGGUUCCUUGUUGGCGGAUGCCACCAUUUGGAAGCCUGAUUCAUGCCAGAACUGCCGUUGCCAUGGUGAUAUCAUUAUCUGCAAACCUGCUGUUUGCAGAAACCCUCAGUGUGCCUUUGAGAAGGGGGAAGUGCUUCAAAUACCCGCCAACCAAUGCUGCCCUGAGUGUGUGCUGAGGACUCCUGGAUCUUGCCAUCAUGAAAAGAAAAUUCACACGCAUGGGACAGAGUGGGCCUCCUCCCCAUGCAGUGUGUGCUCUUGCAGUCAUGGGGAAGUCCGAUGCAGUUCCCGACCAUGCCCACCACUGUUGUGUGGACACCAGGAGCUGGAAUUCAUCCCUGAAGGAAGCUGCUGCCCAGUCUGUGUGGGCCCUGGGAAACCCUGUUCCUACGAAGGCCGUGUGUUUCAGGAUGGUGAGGACUGGCCGUUGAGUCGGUGCGCCAAGUGUGUGUGUAGAAACGGGGUCGCCCAGUGCUUCACGGCUCAGUGUCAUCCUCUGUUUUGUAACCAGGAUGAAACCGUAGUCCGAGUCCCUGGAAAAUGUUGCCCACAGUGCUCUUCGCGAUCCUGCUCUGCAGCUGGCCGAGUUUACGAGCAUGGUGAGCAGUGGAGUGAAAACGUCUGCACCACGUGUAUAUGUGACCGGGGUGAGGUCAGGUGCCACAAACAGGCCUGCCCUCCAUUAAGAUGCGAAAAGGGUCAGAGAAGGGCUCAGCGUCAUGGGCAAUGCUGCGAGGACUGUGUGUCUCCUGCUGGAAGCUGCUCGCAUGGGGGGCUUGUGCGGUACCAGGAUGAAAUAUGGAAGGGCUCGGCCUGUGAGUUCUGCACGUGUGACCGGGGCCAAGUGACCUGCCGGACUGGGGAGUGUGCCAAAGUGGAGUGUGCCCGGGGUGAAGAAUUAAUUCACUUAGAUGGAAAAUGCUGUCCUGAAUGCGUUUCAAGGAAUGGUUAUUGUGUAUAUGAAGAAAAUGCAGAAUUUAUGUCCUCAAAUGCGAGUAAAGUUAAACAUAUUCCAGAAGGGGAGAAGUGGGAGGAUGGCCCUUGCAAGCUGUGUGAGUGCCGGGGGGCUCAGGUAACGUGCUACAAGCCCUCUUGUCCUCCGUGUCCGGUAGCCACACUAGCUCAGGUGGUGAAGGGACAGUGCUGUCCGGAUUGCACAUCAGUUCAUUGCCACCCAGACUGCUUGACCUGCUCUCAGUCGCCAGACCACUGUGACCUCUGUCAGGACCCCACCAAGAUGCUGCGGAACGGACGGUGUGUGCACAGCUGUGGUCUGGGAUUUUACCAAGCCGGUGCUCUCUGUUUAGCCUGCCAGCCUCAGUGUUCCGUGUGCACCAGUGGGCUAGAGUGCUCGUCCUGCCGGCCUCCCCUGCUGAUGCAGCAUGGCCAGUGCGUGUCCGCCUGUGGGAACGGCUUCUACCAAGACCGCCACUCCUGUGCAGCCUGCCACGAGUCCUGUGCGGCCUGCUGGGGUCCCACAGAGAAGCAUUGCUUGGCCUGCAGAGACCCCUUCCAAGUGCUGAGAGAGGGCGGCUGUGAGAGCAGCUGUGGCGACGGGUUUUACAACAAGCAGGGGACCUGCAGUGCUUGUGAUCAGUCCUGUGAGAGUUGUGGCCCCAAUAGUCCCAGAUGUCUUACCUGUGCUGAGAAGACCGUGUUGCAUGAUGGGAAAUGCAUUUCUGAAUGUCCUGGUGGGUACUAUGCUGAUGCCACUGGCAGAUGCAAAGUUUGUCACAACUCGUGUGCCAGCUGCUCAGGACCCUCGGCCUCUCACUGUACGGCCUGCAUCUACCCCCAGGCCCUGCGCCAAGGCCACUGUCUGCCCAACUGUGGAGAGGGCUUCUACCCUGACCACGGGGUCUGCAAAGGCUGUCAUUCCUCUUGCCUGACUUGUGUGGGUCCAGAGCGCUCUCACUGCACCCAGUGUAAGAAGCCAGAGGAAGGACUGCACAUUGAGCAGCUCUCUGGGGCAAACAUCACCUCUGGCGAGUGUCUGUCCCAGUGCAGAGCCCAGUUUUACUUGGAGAACACUGGGCUGUGUGAAGCUUGCCACCAAUCCUGUUUUGGGUGUGCAGGGAAGAGCCCGCAUAACUGCACAGCCUGCUGGCCUUCCCACGUGCUGUUGGAUGGGCAGUGCCUCUCCCAGUGCCCAGAUGGGUACUUUAACCUGGAAGGCAGCUGUACAGAGUGCCACCCCACCUGCAGGCAGUGCCACGGCCCAUCGGAAUCUGACUGCAUCUCCUGUCACCCUCGUGUCACUCUGGCUGGUGGGAGCUGCAGGACCAGCUGUAAAGAGAAGCAGUUCCUCAACCUCGUGGGCUACUGUGCCGACUGCCAUCCUCUGUGCCAGCACUGUGCAGCUGACCUCUACAACACCGGGAGCGUCUGCCUGAGGUGCCAGAAUGCCCGGUACCUGCUGCUAGAAGAUCUCUGCGUUCCCGAUUGCCCUUCUGGAUACUUCGCAGAGAGAGGAGCUUGUAAAAAAUGUCACUGCUCCUGCAGAACCUGCCAGGGCCGAGGACCCUUCUCCUGCUCCUCAUGUGACACCGACCUCGUUCUGUCCCAUCUUGGCACCUGCAGCGCUGCCUGCUUCCCAGGGCACUAUCUCGAUGACAACCACACUUGUCAGCCAUGCGACACACAUUGCAGAAGCUGUGAUUCACAGGCCAGCUGUACCUCCUGUCGAGAUCCAAACAAGGUCCUCCUCUUUGGAGACUGUCAGCGUGAGAGCUGUGCCCCACAGUACUAUCUUGACUUCUCCACCAAGACAUGCAAAGAGUGUGAUUGGAGUUGCAGUGCGUGCCGCGGGCCUCUGAGGACAGACUGCUUGCAGUGCGUGGAUGGCUAUGUUCUCCAGGACGGCGCCUGUGUGGAGCGGUGCUCACCGUCAUUUUACCGGGACCUGGGCCUCUGCAAGAGUUGUGACAGCCACUGUCUCCAGUGCCAAGGUCCCCAUGAGUGCACCCGCUGUGAAGGCCCAUUUCUCCUCUUGGAAGCCCAGUGUGUCCAGGAAUGUGGCAAGGGGAACUUUGCAGAUCAUUCAAACCGCAAAUGCACAGCCUGCCCCCGGGGGUGCUUGAGGUGCAGCCACAGAGACCGGUGUCACCUCUGUGACCAUGGGUUCCUUCUGAAGAGUGGCCUUUGUGUCUCCAACUGUGUUCCCGGCUUCCCUGCCCAUUCCUCUAAUGAAACAUGUGCUGGCAAAAUACACACCCCUAGUCUUCAUGUGAAUGGUUCCCUCACCCUUGCAAUUGGUUCAAUGAAGCCACUGGAUUUUCUCCUCCUGAAUGUUCAAGACCAGGAUGGCAGGGUCGAAGACCUCCUGUUCCAUGUGGUGAGCACUCCCACCAAUGGUCACCUCGUGCUCUCAAGGAAUGGAAAAGAGGUUCAGCUCGACAAGGCUGGCCACUUUAGCUGGAAAGAUGUGAAGGAGAAAAGAGUGCGUUUUGUGCAGAGCAAAGAAAAGCCCAGGAAAGGUUACUUUUCCCUGAAAACUAGUGACCAGCAGUUCUUCUCUGAGCCACAGCUGAUCAACAUACAAGCAUUUUCCACACAGGCCCCCUAUGUGCUGAGGAAUGAGGCUCUCCAUAUUAGCAGAGGAGAGAGGGGAACCAUCACCACUCAGCUGCUUGACAUCCGAGAUGACGACAACCCACAGGACGUGGUGGUCCAAGUGCUCGAUCCUCCACUUCAUGGCCAGUUGCUCCAAACACUUCAGUCGCCUGCAGCCCCUAGCUAUCAAUUCCGGCUGGAUGAGCUCUCCAGGGGCCUUCUCCAGUAUGCUCACGACGGCUCGGAUAGCACUUCUGAUGUCACAGUCUUGCAGGCCAAUGAUGGACACUCCUUCCAAAAUAUACUGUUCCGUGUGAGGACUGUGCCCAAGAAUGAUAGAGGUCUUCGACUUGUGGCUAAUUCAAUGGUGUGGGUUCCAGAAGGCGGGAUGCUGCAGAUUACCAACAGAAUCUUACAGGCUGAAGCUCCAGGUGCCAGAGCCUCAGAAAUCAUCUACAAAAUUACACAGGACCACCCCCAAUUUGGGGAGGUGGUCCUUGUGUUUAAUAUGCCUGCAGACGGCCCCGCAGACGAAGGGCAGCACCUUCCUGAUGGGAGGACAGCCACUCCCACCAGCACGUUCACCCAGCAAGACAUCAACGAAGGCAUCGUGUGGUACAGGCACUCAGGGGUCCCAGCCCAGAGUGACUCCUUCCGCUUUCAGGUGUCCAGUGCCACGGACGCUCACGCCCAUCUGGAGAGCCGCAUGUUCAACAUCGCCAUCUUACCCCAGACUCCGGAAGCACCCAGACGCUCUCCAGGAGCAUCUCUCCACAUGACCGCUCGGGAGGACGGCCUGACUGUGAUUCAGCCUCAUUCUCUCUCCUUUGUAAACUCUGAGAGACCAAGUGGAAAGAUAAUAUAUAAUAUCACUCUACCUUUGCAUCCAAGUCAAGGCAUCAUCGAACACAGGGACCAGCCUCACUCUCCCAUCCGGUAUUUCACCCAGGAAGACAUUAACCAGGGCAAGAUCAUGUACCGUCCCCCCACUGCAGCCCCCCACCUCCAGGAGAUCAUGGCCUUCUCCUUUGCUGGUCUCCCAGACUCAGUGAAAUUCCACUUCACAGUUUCGGAUGGAGGGCACACAAGUCCAGAGAUGGCCCUCACCGUUCACUUACUUCGCAUUGAUCGGCACCCGCCAGUGUUCCAGGUUACAGCUCCACUGCUUAAAGUCAGCCCAGGAGGCAGCACUUCUAUAGGACUUCAGUUGGUAGUAAGAGACACGGAGACAGUGCCUGAAGAACUCCUCUUUGAGCUCCGGAAACCUCCCCAGCAUGGCGUGCUCCUUAAGUACACAGCUGGGUUCCCAGGGCCCAUGGCCUCAGGUGACACUUUCACAUAUGAGGAUGUAGAGGAAAAUGUUCUGCAGUAUCUACACGAUGGAUCCUCUGCCCGGGAGGACAGCAUGGAGAUCUCAGUUACAGACGGCAUCUCAGCAGCAACGGUGGAUGUGAGGGUGGAGGUGUCACUGUCCGAGGCCCGGGGGCCUCGGCUGGCUGCUGGCGCCUCUCUGAGCAUCACCGUUGCCAGUAAAAGCACAGCUAUAAUCACUAGGUCACAUCUUGCUUACGUUGAUGAUUCUUCCCCCGACCCAGAGAUCUGGAUUCAGUUAAGUUCUCUGCCUGUGUAUGGUGCUCUCUUAAGAACCUCAGGACCUGAGGUGGAAGAACUCUCAGAGGUUUCCAAUUUCACAAUGGAAGACAUCAACAACAAGAAAAUUAGGUACCUAGCUGCAUUUGAGACCGGUGGUCAUCUGGUUACUGACAGCUUCCACUUCUCGGUCUCUGAUUUGGACCACAACCGCCUGGACAAUCAGAGGUUUACCAUCAUGAUCACUCCCGUCAAGGAUCCACCCCAAGUCAUUGCUUUCGCUGACCUUAUCACCGUUGACGAGGGAGGGAGAGCCCCACUCUCAUUUCACCAUUUCUUUGCUGCUGAUGAUCAGGACAGCCUCCAGGGUGACGCCGUCAUUAAACUAAGUGCCCUGCCCAAGUACGGCUGCAUCGAGAACACGGGGACAGGUGAUCGAUUUGGCCCUGGAACUACCAGUGACCUAGAAGCAUCAUUCCCUAUUCAGGAUGUCCUGGAAAACUACAUUUACUACUUUCAGAGUGUUCAUGAAAGCAUUGAGCCAACCCAUGACGUUUUCAGUUUUUAUGUAAGUGAUGGAAACAGUCGAUCAGAAAUCCACCGCAUCAACAUCACCAUCGAGAGGAAGAAUGACGAGCCUCCCAGGAUGACCUUGCGGCCCCUUGGCGUGCAGCUGAGCUCGGGAGUGGUGAUAAGCAAUUCUUCUUUGAGCCUGCAGGACCUGGACACUCCAGAUAAUGAGCUGAUUUUUGUAUUGACAAAAAAGCCUGGCCAUGGUCAUCUGCUCCAGAGGCAAACUGCUUCUGAGCCUCUGGAGAAUGGGAGGGUUUUGGUCCAAGGCUCCUCCUUCACCUACCAGGAUAUCCUGGCCGGGCUGGUUGGGUACAUGCCUGGUGGUCCUGAUGUGGCAGUGGAUGAGUUCCGGUUCUCCCUCACUGAUGGACUCCACACAGACACAGGGAGGAUGGAGAUAUACAUAGAGCUGCCUACAGGUGACACCCCCCACUUGGCUGUAAACCAAGGCCUCCAGCUCUCAGCAGGGUCCGUAGCGCCCAUCACAGAACAGCACUUGAAAGUGACAGAUAUUGACUCAGAUGACCAUCAGGUGAUGUACAUCUUGAAGGAAGAUCCUGGUGCAGGGCGCCUGCAGUUGGUAAAGCAUGACAGCCUGGAGCAAAUCUCCGUUAAAGGCCCCAUCCAAAGUUUCACCCAGGCUGAUAUCAGCCAAGGCCACAUAGAAUACAGUCAUGGAAAAGGAGAAUCUGGCGGGAGCUUUGCUUUUAAAUUUGAUGUGGUUGAUGGAGAAGGCAACAAAUUGAUUGGCCGGUCAUUUUCCAUCAGUGUUUUGGAAGAAGACAAAUCCCCACCAGUCAUCACCACCAAUAAAGGGCUGGUCUUGGAUGAAAACUCGAUGAAGACAAUCACCACUCUGCAGCUCUCUGCCACUGACCAGGAGACGGAGCCUGCAGAACUGAUCUACAGAAUCACCAGAGAGCCCCAGCUGGGCCACCUGGAACACACAGCAUCACCAGGUAUCCAGAUUAGUUCCUUUACUCAAGCUGACCUCACUUCAGGACGCGUUCAGUAUAUCCACUCCAGUGAGACCGAGAAGCAUUCGGAUGCCUUCAGCUUUACGCUCUCCGAUGGAGUCAACGAGGUGACUCAGACUUUCCACAUCACUCUUCGCCCUGUGGAUGACUCGCUGCCCGUUGUACAGAACUUGGGGAUGCGGGUACAGGAAGGUGUGAGGAAGACCAUCACAGAGUUUGAGCUCAAGGCGGUAGAUGCAGACACAGAGGCCGAGUCUGUCACAUUCAUGAUCAUGCAGCCCCCGCGCCAUGGCACCAUUGAGCGAACCACCAACGGGCAGCCCUUCCAGCACACCUCCACCUUCACCAUGGAGGACGUCUAUCGGAACCGGGUCCGCUACAGCCACGACGGCAGCAACUCCCUCAAAGACUGGUUCACCUUCACCGUUGCUGACGGGACGAAUCCCUUCUUUAUUAUUGAGGAAGGGGGAAAAGAGAUCAUGACAGCAGCACCUCAGCAGUUCUGGGUAGACAUCCUCCCAGUAGAUGAUGGCACCCCUAGAAUUGUUACCAACCUGGGGCUCCAGUGGCUGGAGUACAUGGAUGGCAAGGCAACCAACUUGAUCACCAAGAAGGAACUGCUGACCGUGGACCCAGACACAGAAGACCUGCAGCUUGUCUACGAGAUAACCACAGGCCCUGAGCAUGGCCACAUGGAGAAUAAGCUGCAGCCUGGAAGAGCUGCUGCUACUUUCACACAGGAGGACGUGAACCUGGGGUUGAUUCGUUAUGUGUUGCAUGAGGAGAAGAUCCAUGAGAUGAUGGAUAGUUUUCAGUUUCUGGUGAGAGACAGUAAACCCAAUGUGGUCAGCGACAAUGUCUUCCAUAUCCAGUGGUCCCUCAUCAGCUUUAAAUAUACCAGCUACAAUGUCAGUGAGAAAGCGGGGUCAGUCAGCAUCACGGUGCAGAGGACUGGGAACCUAAACCAGUACGCCAUUGUCCUGUGUCACACAGAGCAAGGCACCGCAAGCUCCAGCUCCAGGGUCAGCUCCCAGCCUGGACAGCAGGACUAUGUGGAGUAUGCCGGCCAGGUGCAAUUUGAUGAGCGAGAGGACACCAAGUCCUGCACCAUCGUCAUCAACGAUGACGACGUGUUUGAGAACGUCGAGAGUUUCACUGUGGAGCUCAGCAUGCCAGCAUAUGCCCUACUGGGGGAGUUCACCCAGGCGAAGGUCAUUAUCAAUGACACUGAGGACGAGCCCACAUUAGAGUUUGAUAAGAAGACCUACCGGGUCAACGAGAGCGCUGGCUUUCUAUUUGCACCUAUUGAAAGAAAAGGGGAUUCAAGCAGCAUUGUAUCUGCAAUUUGCUACACGGUCCCUAAGUCAGCUAUGGGAAGUAGCCUGUAUGCUCUAGAAUCGGGCUCUGAUUUUAAAUCUAGAGGGAUGUCUGCUGAGAGUCGUGUGAUAUUCGGGCGUGGUGUCACCAUGUCCACCUGCGAUGUCAUGCUCAUUGAUGACAGCGAGUAUGAAGAGGAAGAAGAGUUUGAGAUUGCCCUGGCAGAUGCUUCCGAUAACGCCCGCAUCGGAAGUGUGGCGUCGGCCAAGGUGCUCAUCACUGGUCCCAAUGAUGCCUCUACUGUGUCCCUGGGCAACACGGCUUUUACUGUCAGCGAGGAUGCAGGCACGGUGAAGAUCCCACUUAUCCGCCGCGGGACUGACCUUUCCACCCUCACGUCUGUCUGGUGUGCAACGCGGCCCUCGGACCCAGCUUCCGCCACUCCAGGAGUUGACUACGUUCCCAGCUCUAGGAAGGUGGACUUCGGGCCAGGUGUCACCGAGCAGUAUUGCACCUUGACCAUCUUGGACGACACUCAGUAUCCUGUGAUUGAAGGGCUAGAAACAUUUGUGGUUUUCCUCAGCUCAGCACAAGGGGCCGAACUGACCAAACCCUUCCAGGCUGUCAUUGCAAUUAAUGACACAUUCCAGGACGUGCCCAGCAUGCAGUUUGCCAAGGAUUUGCUCCUAGCGAAGGAGAAGGAGGGCAUCCUACACGUACCCAUCAUUCGGAGUGGGGACCUGAGCUACGAGUCGUCAGUGAGGUGCUAUACUCAGGGCCAUUCAGCUCAGGUCAUGGAGGACUUUGAGGAGAGAAGAAACGCAGACUCUUCACGGAUUACUUUUCUCAAAGGGGAGAAAAUGAAGAACUGUACUGUCUAUAUCCACGAUGACUCCAUAUUUGAGCCUGAGGAACAGUUCAGGGUCUACCUUGGCCAUCCUCUUGGGAACCACUGGAGUGGAGCCAGAGUUGGAAAGAAUAACAUGGCCACCAUCACCAUAUCCAAUGAUGAAGAUGCUCCCACCAUUGAGUUUGAAGAAGCUGCAUACCAAGUCCGGGAACCCUCAGGGCCAGAUGCCACGGCCAUUCUGAACAUCAAGGUGAUCCGCAGAGGGGAUCAGAACAGGACGUCCAAGAUUCGCUGUAGCACCCGGGACGGGUCGGCCCAGUCCGGUGUGGAUUACUACCCAAAGAGCCGAAUCUUAAAGUUCAGUCCUGGUGUGGAUCAUAUCUUCUUUAAAGUUGAGAUCCUGUCCAAUGAAGACCGGGAGUGGCACGAAUCGUUCUCCCUAGUCCUUGGCCCGGAUGACCCAGUGGAAGCUGUGCUUGGUGAUGUGACCACUGCCACAGUGACGAUUCUAGACCAGGAGGUGUCAGGGAGCCUCAUCCUGCCAGCGCCGCCCAUUGUUGUCACACUUGCUGACUAUGACCAUGUGGAAGAGGUUACCAAGGAGGGAGUCAAGAAAUCCCCCUCCCCGGGCUACCCGCUGGUCUGUGUCACCCCCUGCGACCCCCAUUUCCCCAAGUAUGCCAUCAUGAAGGAGCGCUGCAGUGAGGCUGGCAUCAACCAGACGUCCGUGCAGUUCAGCUGGGAAGUGGCCACCCCCACUGAUGGCAACGGGGCCCGAUCUCCCUUUGAGACCAUCACUGACAACACGCCAUUCACCAGUGUCAACCACAUGGUCCUGGACAGCAUUUACUUCAGCCGGAGGUUCCAUGUACGUUGUGUGGCCAAGGCUGUGGACAAGGUGGGCCACGUGGGGACCCCCUUAAGGAGCAACAUUGUUACCAUCGGAACAGACAGUGCGAUCUGCCACACCCCAGUGGUGGCUGGGACAGCCCGAGGUUUCCAGGCUCAGUCCUUCAUCGCGAACUUGAAAUACCUGGACGUCAAACACAAGGAGCACCCCAACAGAAUCCACAUUUCAGUGCAGAUCCCACACCAGGAUGGAAUGCUGCCCCUUAUCUCCACCAUGCCGUUGCACAACUUGCAUUUUCUACUAUCUGAGUCCAUCUACAGACACCAGCACGUCUGCUCCAAUCUCGUUACCACCCGUGACCUGAGAGGCAUCUCAGAGGCAGGGUUCCUGGAUGACAGGGUCCACGACAGCACGGCCCUGGGCCCUGGCUACGACCGCCCCUUCCAGUUUGAUGCCAGCGUGCGGGAGCCCAAGACCAUCCAGCUCUACAAACACCUGAACCUGAAGAGCUGUGUCUGGACGUUUGAUGCCUAUUACGACAUGACGGAGCUAAUUGACGUCUGUGGGGGGUCCGUAACUGCCGACUUCCAGGUGAGAGACUCUGCUCAAUCGUUCCUGACGGUGCAUGUGCCCCUGUACGUGUCCUACAUCUACGUGACAGCCCCCAGGGGCUGGGCCUCCUUGGAGCAUCACACCGAGAUGGAGUUUUCCUUCUUCUAUGACACUGUUCUCUGGAGAACAGGAAUCCAGACGGACAGUGUGCUCUCUGCUAGACUUCAGAUAAUAAGAAUCUACAUUCGAGAGGAUGGCCGUCUGGUCAUUGAAUUCAAGACCCACGCCAAAUUCAGAGGACAGUUCGUGAUCGAGCACCACACCCUCCCUGAUGUGAAAUCAUUCAUAUUGACUCCAGACCAUCUCGGAGGAAUUGAAUUUGACCUGCAGCUCCUAUGGAGUGCUCAGACUUUUGAUUCUCCUUACCAACUCUGGAGAGCCACAAGCUCUUAUAACAGGAAGGACUACUCCGGGGAGUACACCAUCUACCUGAUCCCUUGCACUGUGCAGCCCACUCAGCCUUGGGUGGACCCAGGAGAAAAGCCUUUGGCCUGCACUGCACACGCCCCAGAAAGAUUCCUGAUACCCAUUGCAUUCCAGCAGACCAACCGCCCCGUCCCUGUUGUGUACUCGCUCAAUACUGAAUUUCAGCUCUGCAACAAUGAGAAGGUGUUCCUGAUGGACCCCAACACAUCUGAUAUGUCACUGGCGGAAAUGGAUUACAAAGGGGCCUUCUCCAAAGGUCAAAUCCUUUAUGGCCGAGUACUUUGGAAUCCAGAACAAAACCUUAAUUCUGCUUACAAACUCCAGCUGGAGAAGGUCUAUCUUUGUACUGGCAAGGAUGGCUACGUGCCUUUCUUUGAUCCCACGGGGACAAUCUACAAUGAAGGGCCACAGUAUGGAUGCAUUCAGCCAAACAAACACCUAAAACACAGAUUCCUGCUGCUGGACCGCAGUCAGCCAGAGGUAACGGACAAGUACUUCCACGACGUGCCCUUUGAAGCCCACUUUGCUUCUGAGUUGCCUGAUUUCCACGUGGUCAGUAGCAUGCCAGGCGUGGACGGAUUUACUCUGAAGGUGGACGCACUCUAUAAGGUGGAAGCCGGACACCAGUGGUAUCUCCAGGUGAUCUACAUCAUUGGACCUGACACCAUCUCAGGUCCCAGGGUCCAGCGCUCUCUCACGGCCCCUCUGAGGCGCAACCGAAGGGACCUGGUGGACCCCAGUGGCUGGCUGACCCUUGACGAAUCCCUCAUCUAUGACAAUGAAGGGGACCAAGUCAAGAAUGGCACCAAUAUGAAGUCGCUGAAUCUGGAGAUGGAAGAGCCAGCUGUAGCUGCUUCUUUAUCCCAAACUGGGGCGUCUAUCAGCAGCGCCCUUGCUGCCAUCAUGCUCCUACUUCUGGUGUUUUUGGUGGCUUGUUUCAUCACCAGGAAAUGCCAGAAACAGAGGAAGAAGCCGCCCACAGGGGACAUUUUGGAGGAAUACCCUCUGAAUACCAAGGUGGAUGUGCCCAAGAGGGGCCCAGACAGGGUGGAGAAGAACGUGGACAGACAGUACUGCACCGUGCGGAAUGUCAACGUACUCGGCGAAACCGAGGGCGCUUAUGUGUUCAAAGGUGCUAAAGUAAAAAAAUUGAAUCUGGAAGUCAGAGUUCACAACAAUUUGCAAGACGGAACAGAAGUUUAAUGGAGGAGAUCCAUGAGUACUUUUUUUCUAAAAUCAUUUCUAUAAAACGGGGGAAACUACUGGUAUUUUUAUAAUCUUGCCGAUUGAAAAGGGAAAACUAUAGCUUUGAGUGGUGGAGGCACACAUCACAUGCAUCAACUCACAGCUGAGCUACCUCAUUAAACAAAGAGCCACUGAGACCCCAGAGGAUGGAAGUAGUUCUUUCCGUGGAUCCCAUUAACCGUGUCAGCAGCGACAAAUUGUUCCUUGUGUAAGGCUGAUCUUAGAAAGCCAGUGUCUGGUGUUAGGACAGGAGUGAGCUCCACAGCUGGUGGAGCUCAGAGGGCUGGGGGUGUACCAGGCAGGUCUCAGAGGGAGAGAGACAGGGAUGCAGGGCCUUUGGUCUCCUCCCCCGACUCCAGCUCCCUGCUGCUUGAGAUUUUCCUGGGCCUCUGCACAGCGGAGUUCACGUUGCUGGCGUCCAGGUUCUGCUCAGAAUUCUGCUAAUCGGCACCUGUGUGUCUGCUCAUGUGUCCACUUGACAACCUGCCCUCCAUGGCUUCUGAUUGUACCUUGCAUCACCAGCCCUUUUCACCUGGGAGUUCAAAGUGCUCUGGACCCGAGCAUUUCUCCACAACUCAAGGGAGAAACCUCGGCCUCGCCUGUCAGGCAUCAGGCACAGCGGAACCCUCCUUAUGGUGGUGGGGGUGGGGGGGACUGAAACCUGGGGAAAGGAGGGACCUGGCAGGCGCCUCAGAGUGCAUCGGUGAUGCCCUGCACCCUAGGCCCAGGGGGAUGUCCUUGUGCCCGGCUGGUUUACACUGCAGCCAGGAAACAUCCAGACAUCCUGCCUGACAAAGGAUGCCACCAGGCAAGAUUGCUGCACUGUGGCCUUUUUAUUCAGCAUUGCUGUGGAUGCUUGAAACACCUACCACAGUUCCUGCUACCCCAGGCUUUUCCCAGUCCAAUAACAGACAAGCCGUGUGCUUUGCUAGCUGUGGGGUUUUUAUUUGGUUAGGGUUGCAGAAAAGUCAGAGAUUCAUUUGAAUAAAGCAAAUUAGGAGAAAGCUCAGGCCAGAGCGAAAUCAGAGUUAAUGGAUGCCAACUAGUAGUCAUAGCAGAAAAGUACUAGUACUCACAGUAGAAAAGUACUAGUACUCACAGUAGAAAAGUACUGGUACUCACAGCAGAUAAAGUACUGGUACUCACAGUAGAAAAAUACUAGUACUCCCAGCAGAUAAAGUACUGGUACAGCAGAUAAAGUACUAGUACAGCAGAUAAAGGCACCGUUCCUGGUACAGUGUUUCAGGGAUUUCUCUUUUGGGGGUUCUUGUUUUGGUAGCUCAGGCACUUAUUUUAUCAUAUCAGCACAUGACAAGGCCAUGAACACAUGGCUUUAAAAUGAUUUAGUGUUCAAAUAGCAGCUUGAUGAUGUUGUACGUAGUGUGCGCACCGCUUGCUUUUGUGUUUCAGUUUUGUUUCUGCUGUAUUGGCAAAAACAUAAGCAUGCAUGUCAUGUUAUUUUGAACUGGAGGCACCAUUCCAUUGUUCAGGAGUAAAAGACACGUCCCCUUCCUAAUGCACGGCAUACUGUAAUCACUGAGCAAAUCACAGAGCAUUCACAUUGUGUAAUAUUUUUAUUAGGAUGACCCUAGCUCUUUGAGAACAUUCUACGCUGGAAACACUUUGGUCCUAAAAGCUAGAAAGAAUGAACCGUGAAAGGUUUUAGGCAUCUCAGCUGGAAUCCAAGCUCCUUGAGAGAAGGGCGGGUGUAAGCCGUGCCUUGGGUUCUCCAGCAGUGCCUUGUACACAACAAGCGCUCCAGGAAUAUUUGUUCAGUAAACAAAUGAACGGUGUCAUGGGUGAAUGAUAGAGGAAUCAGUUUAGGGAGGGGAGGAGAGAGAGUAUGGUGGCAAUAUCACAGGGGUAAGUAGAGGGGAAAAAAAACUUUCUCUUCUACUUGGAUUAUAAAAUAAUCUUCUCAUUGGAGCAAAGAAGCACCACUUGACAUAGGCAUGAAUCUGGCAGUGGGCUUGAGGAGGACUGAACAGAAAAGCUGUAAUAAUGUAUUAGCAGGAGGUGAGACUGUGAGUCAUUCUCCAGAGCAGGACAUUUAGAGGAAAGUCUGACUUAGCAACUCUGAGCUGAGCACAAAGUUUGCAGGAGAAGACGAGUUGGAGUGAGCGAGCCCAGAACCUGAUACUCCUGACUGCUCAGAUGCUACUCGAGGCUAGCUUGGGUGUUGGGGCUGGAACUUCUGUAUUGGACUCAUGAACACCCAGAAUUGCUGUCUCAUGGCUGGAGAGCUCAUCAGCUGAGCACGGAAUCCUCUCCAGAACAACCUAGAAAGUUGAUGCUAAUUCUGCAAGGACAGGAAGCCAGUUGCUCACGGAGCAACUUUUGAUCUGGCCUGUUGUUUAUCACUGCUCCUAGGUCCCUGAAUGCUUGCACGUUGAAGCAGCAACUUUCCACUUGCUCGAAUAGUCUUCUUGCACUGCCCUUCGCUUCCUACUAAAUAGGGCACGUGGGUGGGCAGAAUGUAGAGAGAUGGCAGAACGGAGCCAGUGCGGGAAGGAGUGGAGACUGAUCUCAGAGCGCUCCUAGCAGCCUCCGUGGAAUUGUUCUCGAAUGACAAGAGCAGCAUCGCUGACCGUGAGAUAGUGCGUUAUCCGCGUGAAAGGAAAGCCCUUGGGGUGUCCCCGCCUCCCUUCCUUUCUAUCCCCCACUACAUACACUUUAUUGAGCGCUGAUCCUUCCCUAGUGGACGCACACUUGUGAAAUAGAAAUGGUUCCGAGAUGUAAAACUGAGAUUUACUUCUUUGAUACAGAAUUUUUCAUUUCUUUUAUGUUUUAUACAUCAUACUAGGAAGCAGAGAACUUGGUGAUUGAUGUGCAGUUAUACUUCAGUCAAAGCUCUCCUUUCGGUUUUUCUAACUUGCUCACUAAGGCCUUGUGUGUGUUUUACUAACCUUUUAUACCAUGUCUUUAGGUGAGACGGAGCAAAAGACCCUCAGGGCUUGCUAUUUGCUAUCACAUGCUGGCUGUGAAGGUUAAAAGAUAGAAGAGUCUGCACCUUUGCCCUUAGAUUGUACCCCAGGCCUCCUGGCGGACUCACACAGAUUCUUACAGGUAGAUGCAGAAAGAGCGUUGGGAUGUGUUUUGCACAGUUUUACAAUAGUCAGUCUCGGUGUCCCACAGGUAUUCAUUCUUCUUGGAUACUACACACCUGCUCAGACUUGAGUAAAACAUCCGUGGUGCUGUCAACCUGAUUUCUUGACUCUGAAAUGAUCUUUGUAUUUCCAAUACCAACUUGUGUGUUAUGAAUUCCUGAUGUCUCCAAUAGCAUAUGCCACUAUAUAAAUUUGUAUUCAUAAA